AUGUCAACACUCACUCUGAAAUCAUCCUGCAAUGCUACUCCACGACUUUGUAGCCAACAUCUCCGCCACCAGUCCACAUCUCAGCGCAACACUCACCUUGGACGAUUUCAUUCAGUUUAUCUCCCUAGCCUCCGAGGUGCAACAUCGCGCUGGAGCCGCCUUGCGUCUCACUCCAAAGCCACCACCUCCCAACCGACCAACAGUAAUAUCUUUCUUCACCACUGCCCUCUCACCCAAGUUUCCCGAACACCUAAUCAAUGA